AUGAGUAUCCGUCACCACAUCCCUGCCAAUGCGUCCACCCCAAAAGCGUCCACUGCUCAAAUCGAGUCGUAUUUAACGAUGUGCAUGGGAUUGUUCGACGUGACGAGAGAGGAAGUCAUCGCAGGAGCGGUCCAAAUGUGUGGCUCGCUUGAUGUUGCUGCACUCGCCGCAGAAGCUGAGAUAGAGCGCGGUAGGGCAGAUAUCAUGCGGGCAAUCCCAGAUGGCAUAGAGAACGCAAAAUGUGUGGUGAUGGGUCGUAAACCGAGGCCAGGAGAGGACGUCAAGUUUGUUUGCCUGAAUGACAAUUUGUCUAUCCGAGUUUGGGACGGCGAUUUAGCCGACAUGCGAUCCUUCGCGCUCGACUUUGUGGGCGGUCAAGGGCGUUAUAUUUCCACACCUAAUGGCAUCAACUUGAUUUACACAGUCUCGUCUACUUUCAGAGGACCGGAACGUGUCCUGUCACUUGAGCAGUGUAUGGAGGGCGAGGGUAGAGAGCGGCAGGCAGAGAUGGAGCGUUACGCAAUCUAUUCGCCUUUUAAUCCCCCCGGUCACAAUGGCAUCUAUGACAAGAACUGGGAAACAUAUAUUAUUCCAGAGGGCAUCGAGCUCCGCAUCAUGCAAGAUGGCCAUGCUGAUCGUUUUCUCCCGAUACCGGUGCGACCCCAUCCUCCGACUGACGACGUCUUGCAACUUCAGCCUUGGCAGCAGUGGCAGCCAGCCGGGACUCGAAAUUGGGGGGAAUUGAAGGGAAUCGUCACCAGCUCAAACACUCCCUUCGGGUUUCAAAAUUUGUCGAUCUCUUAA